AAAGUUAUUAAACUAAUAUUUAUAUUUUGUAAACAGAGGCACAUGCUUAUUUUUACACUUGUAUUUUUGUGUUUUAAUAUUUUACCCUACAUUGUAUGCUGUAGAGGAAAUAUUCACAGUGUAGAAACUAUAAACUACAAUUUGAUUUUAUAUCUUUAAAAUUUUAAAUAUUAAGUCUAACCUGUUUUUGAUUCGGCUUUGAUAAACAUAAAAGAUAAUUACUAUUAAGUUCUCAAUAGAAUGGCAUCUGGGCUAAAAGAAGUGUAUGAAAAAUCAGCAGAAUUUGAGGCUUUCUAUAUGGGCGGAGAUGUUCAAUGGACUACGGAUGGUGGUAAUUUUCUAUGUCAAUGCGAUGAUGUGAUCAAAGUAAUAGAUGUCAAUACAUUUUUGGUAGCACUCACAGUUGGAGGGUCUAAUGAAGAGCAAGAAGCAAGCGAUUUAAUUUACACAUUUCAAAUUUCACAUGACAAUGAAAGCAUAGUGACAGCUCAUAAGAGUGGUUUGAUUAAAUUGUGGGAUAGAAAUUCUGGUGACUUACAGAAGACAUGGAGGUCAGGUCACAAAGGUACAGUAGUCAAACUAUCAUUUGAUUGUAGCGGAACUAACAUAGCAUCCGGAAGCUCUGAUGGUAAUAUUAGAUUAUGGGAUCUGCUUCAUUACACCUGUAAGAGCAGCCUUAAAGGUGCUGUCGGUGUAUUCACCGUCCUUGAAUAUCAUCCAGAUGCAGCAAAAAAUUUGAUAUUUGGCGCAGCUGAUGAUACAAAGAUCAGAUCAUGGUGUACAAAAACUGGAAAAGAGAGUUAUGUUUACUCUGGACAUUUCAGCAAAGUAACAUCCUUACUAUUCACCCCAGAUGGUGAACAUAUGAUCAGUUCGGGAAGAGAUAGAGUUCUUAUAUUAUGGAAAUUAAGUGAAAGCAAAUCAGUAAAAGUAAUUCCAGUAUAUGAAAGUAUAGAAUCAAUGGUCCUCCUACCAGUUUCCUUCAAAAUUCCCAAUUUUAAAAAGAAAGUCGGGACUGAGGGUAUAUAUGUGGCUUGUGCUGGUGAAAAGGGUAUUGUUAAGGUUUGGAACAUCCAAAUAAGUAGACUAAUGUUUGAACAAACCAAUAGUUUGGUGUCGCCAGCAACAGAUGAAGGAGGACUAGCGAUAACUCACUUGUUGUUUAAUGAAGCUCGUAAUAUGCUAUCAGUAGUUACAGCAGAUCACAAUGUUAUUAUUCAUGACUUAGAAACAUUUACUUGUUUGAAACAAAUGAUUGGAUUUACUGAUGAAAUAUUAGAUAUAAUAUUUGUUGGGAAAGAUGAUACUCAUAUUGUGGUUGCUACUAAUAGUAGGGACCUUAAAUAUUAUGAACUUGAUAAUAUGAAUUGUAGGUUACUAAAGGGUCAUACAGAUAUUGUUUUAGCAUUAGCAAGAUUUCCAACCAGACCAGAAAUGUUUGUAUCAUCUGCAAAAGACAACACUGUGAGGAUAUGGGUUCAGUAUGAUGAUGGAGAGAUUAAAUGUUUCGGGAUUGGAUCAAGACAUACUGAAUCUGUAGGAUCUGUGUUUACUUCACAAACAUCCAAUAACUUCAUAACAUCUGUCAGUCAAGAUAACUGUUUGAAAGUAUGGACUGUCCCUGUUGACAUCAAACUUAAUGAUCAAACAAUGUCAUCAAGCUUUACAGAAUUGGCUCAUAGUAUGGACAUCAAUUGUGUUGCUGUGUCACCUAAUGAUAAAAUGAUUGCCACGGGAUCCCAAGAUAAAACAACUAAACUAUGGUCAGAAGAUUUGACUCUAUUGGGAGUUCUAAAAGGCCAUAGAAGAGGUGUGUGGUGUGUGAAAUUCUCCCCUAUAGAUCAGGUAAUUCUGACAUCAUCUGCUGAUUGCUCCAUAAAGCUAUGGUCUAUAGCUGAUUUGAGUUGCCUGAAAACUUUUGAAGGUCACGAGAGUUCUGUCCUGAAAGUAGAGUUUUUAAGUAAGGGACAACAAAUAAUUUCGAGUGGUGCAGAUGGUCUUUUAAAAUUAUGGAACAUUAAAACUUCAGAAUGCAAAAUGUCUUUGGAUAAUCACGAUGGGAAGGUCUGGUCAUUAGCAGUGAAUACGGAUGAGUCUAUCAUCAUAACUGGUGGGUCAGAUUCAAAAUUGGUGAAAUUGAAAGAUGUGUCUGUAGAGAGAAGGGAAAAGAAUGCAAAAGAGAGAGAAGAAUUAAUUGUACAAGAACAGGAACUAAUGAAUUUGCUGCAUGAUAAAAAAAUGGUCAAGGCUCUUAGAUUGGCACUGAGGAUGGGAAGGCCCAUGAAUGUGUUGAAGAUUGUUAAUGAAGUACUGAAGACAGGAACUGAUACAUUAGCAGAAACUUUCAAAGAAAUUAAUUCUACCCAAAAAGAGACUUUAUUAAAGUUUGCAGCUGAAUGGAAUACAAACAAUAAAAAUUGUCAUGCAGCACAGGCGGUUUUUAAUAUUCUGGCACCUGAAAUCAUUUCUGGAAAUCUUCAAGUUCCAGCUCUUGCCAGUUUUAUUGAAGGUGCUUUACCAUACACCGAGAGACAUUUUGAAAGGCUAACAAAUUUAUUGCAAGAUUUGAAUUUUAUAACAUAUACCGUGAAUUGUAUGCAACCACACAAUAGUGUAAGUAAUGUACAGUAAAUAUAUAAAAAGUU